AUGAGUGGCAAAGUCUCUGGAAUAUCAAGUAGGAUAUUAACAGAUAUCCCAUGUGUAGUAUGUCAGGACCAUUCCUCCGGAAAACACUACGGAAUUUACGCCUGCGAUGGAUGUGCCGGAUUCUUUAAGAGAUCAAUUAGACGCAAUAGACAGUACAUCUGUAAAUCUAGAGGUCAAGGUCGCUGUCCGGUCGAUAAGACUCACAGAAACCAGUGUCGUGCAUGCAGACUUGGGAAAUGUAUGGAUGCUGGAAUGAAUAAAGAUGCUGUACAGCAUGAGAGAGGGCCUCGCAAUUCCACAAUACGCCGCCAGGUAGCUAUGUACUUAAAAGAGACAAGCGAAUACGGCGGUUAUCUUCCCCAUUCGACCUUCCGACCCUCAUAUCUACCGGGUUGUCUUAACGUAGAGCCAGUAGCGGACGGUAUCACGACCAUCAGUGCCACAGGUCCACCCUCUCCUGUGUCUCCAACUUCAUCCGGAAUUCUAUGUCAUCCCACAGCCAAGUACCCACAUGAAAUCAUGCAGGCCUAUUCCAGUAACCCUGAGGCUGUUUGUGAAGUCGCAGCAAGACUUUUAUUUAUGAGUGUAAAAUGGACAAAGAAUGUUCCCGCAUUUUUGGGUCUGCCGUAUAGAGACCAGAUCUUACUUUUGGAGGAGGGAUGGCGAGAGUUGUUUGUCCUCGGGGCUUCACAGUUCCAGAUGCCGUUCGAAGCGGGACCAUUGCUUAAUGCUGCAGGAAUUAACACAGAUGAAUCUCCAGCAGAGCAAGUUGUCAACAUAAUGACAGAGUUAAGAGCAUUUCAGGAAAUCCUUUCAAAAUUCAAAUCCUUACAAGUCGAUCCAACGGAGUUUGCCUGUCUGAAGGGAAUCGUUUUGUUCAAAACAGCGUUUCCAUCUACGUCAUCAGCGGACGUGAAGACAUUAAGAGACUUUCACACUGUAGCCGCCCUUCAGGAUCAGGCUCAAUUGACUCUGAGCAAAUACAUACAGGUUACCUACCCAACGCAACCAUUCCGAUUUGGCAAGCUGUUGUUGCUUCUCCCGACCCUGAAAGCCAUAUCCGGAAGCACUAUUGCAGACCUUUUCUUUAGAAAGACAAUUGGAACCAUCCCUAUUGAACGUCUACUGAUCGACAUGUUCAAAUCCUCAGAUUUUUAA